AUGUCGUUUUUCAAUUGUACUGAAUCUGUUCCGACAAUCGAAUAUCACAAUCAAUCGAACGAGAUCUCUGAACUAUACCGAGCAUGUGUAGCGGGUAAUGUUGAACAAGCAAGAGCAUUACUGGUUAAUAUGCCAUUUAUUCUUAUGAAUACACUUGAACCGAAUGGUAGUACAGCGUUACACGCUGCGUCUGAGCGCGGUUAUGUUGAUAUAGUUCGUCUUCUUGUCCAUGAAUACGGUGUUAUUCGCAGUCGAAGAAAUGCCGAAGGUUUGACUGCAUAUGAAGUGGCAGCGAAUGAUGAAGUUCGUCAACUUUUUCAUCGGCCUCAGAUUGACAAUUCGUUUGGUGCGGUCGUUGAGGAUGCUGCUGUCAAUGCGUUCGCUAUGUUCUUUCCAGAAUCAAGACGUCGGCGUCCAGGUUGGAUUCACAGCACGUCCGGUUGGUUGAAGGUGAAAAAUAUUGAAAGUAAAAGGAAGAAAAGUAAAUUGAUUCAGAAUAAUCGAUUUUUAAAUGUGAUAUCGACAUUAAAUAAUGGGAGAAUAUCUGAUUUGUUUCCUUCGAAACGCGAAAUUAAAACAUUACGAAGAAUGAUUGAUAAUUACAUCAAGCCAACACAUAAAUAUUAUCAAUUAGCGUCUAAGCUUUUAUCAAAAUUCGAGGAAACUGGAAAUGUUGAACAUCUGUUAACGAUUUACACUCUUGAAACACCUUUUUAUAAUGAGGUUGGUGGACCCAAACGUUGCUACGCUCUAUUGAAGCCUCUAAUUCGCAAUUUGAAUACGCUUCGUCGUCGUCAUUACCAAGGAACUUCAUAUCGUGGAUUAUCAAUGACAAAAGAAGACUUAGAAGAAUAUGAACACGCUAUGGAACAAGGAGUUGUUCGUAACAAAAAAAGUGUCAUCACUUUGGCAAGUUUUGCUUCCACUUCGAGAGAUAUAAGAGUAGCGUUAUUUUUUCUUGAUGCAUACCGAGUGGAAGGCAAAACUGCCGUGUUAUUUACUCUAUCAUUUUCCGAAGUAUGUGAUACAGCAGUGACACUCUAUCGGACAUCAGAAUCAACACCAAGCAUUUCAGCUUUUGAAGACGAAGAAGAGAUACUUGUUUAUCCAGGCACGAUGUUUCAGGUCACAGCAAUUGAUUCAACAUCUGAUCCUUCUAUAACACAUAUUCAUCUUACAAAUGUCAUGCCGGAAUAUCAUCUUGGAGCAGUUGUACUCGACUCGGUUAAAAAAAGAGUGGAGAAGAAAUUCAUUGGCGCUCUCGUUUAA